UCUACUAAACAUAAAUUAUCAAUUCAAGUAACAUAUUUAACGAUAUUUGUCGUUUUAGAGGCUGAAAUUCUAUCACGGUCUAGGCCUACCUAGAAUUAUGGUAUACAUGACGUCGCGAUCAUUAGACGCCAUUUUACACAAGCGAUCGUAAAUUAUAGCAGAUUUUUACUGCUUACAAAACCACUUGGCUGUGGUCAGAAUUCUUUUAUAUUUGGCCAAAAUGUUAAUUACUUAUCUUUGUAAAUUACUGUUAUAAUAAUUAGAAUUACCAUGUAACUUUCUGACCACAAAAAUUAAUAUUAUACAUCGCGGUCUAGCCCAGACUCUAGGCCUAGGUCUACCUAGCAUUAUAGUAUACAGACGUCGCGAUCAUUUUGACAUUAGACGCCAUUUUACCCAAGCCAUCGUAAAUCAUAGCAGACUUUACAGCUUACAAAAACCACUUGGUUGUGGUCAGAAUUCUUUCAUAUUUGGUAAAAAUGUUAUUUACUUAUUUCUCUAAAUUACUGUUAUAAUAAUUAGAAAAACCAUGUAUCUUUUUGACAGCAAAAGUUGAUUUUAUUCGAGUAGUAACUUCGGACGUCAACUGCAGCGGAAAUAAACAAUGAAUGAACACAAAACAAAUGCGUGACUGUUCUUUAACCUUUUGUCUGCCUAACAAUGCAUGACAUAAUCGAUGUUUAAUCAGAAAUGUAAUUUUCACGAUUUUUUUGAAACCCAACACCGUGAACCGGAAGUUCAAGGUCGCCGCGAACGUCUAACCAAAACAAUCAAGUGUGACGUCACGCUUUGUAACGUACCUACCCUAGCCUAGGUAAGGCCUAGUCAUAGGUAAACCCUAGCCAACUGGAUGGGCUUCUAGCCAACUGCCAAACCCGUGUCAAAUGAUAGCUCCACGGUCAGUGAUGUUCUCACACUGGCAGUCUCAGCGCAACUUGUCAACUUAUGGUAUAUGGGAUAUGUUUUAAAACACUAUUCGGCACCGAUGUGGGGAUAUGUCGUGAGAGCCAUUUAUGUAUACCUCAUGGAAGAUGUGGAAUGGAGCCAUUGGAUUCAUAUACAUGUGGGUGUGACGCUGCUUGCGAAUACUAUGACGACUGUUGCUAUGACUAUUCAUCGUGUGGGUUAGGCCUAUUCAAUUUCACUCCACCUACAACAGACCCUAAUCAAAUUAAAUGCGUUCGCGGAGACUCGAACUACGAAAAUGGAUAUUUUGCCAUUGCUACAUGCAAGAACGAAAGUUCAGUGAAUUUUGAAGUUAAAGGAAAAUGUGAAAACCCUGAUAUUAAUGACGUCAUAUCUAGUAUCAUUGUGUCUGAUACUAAAGACGCUAUCUACAGAAAUAUAUUUUGUGCCAUUUGCAACGACGUGCCUAUAAAUGAAGUUACAGCUUGGGAAACAACAUUUAAUUGUGAUAUUUGGAACGCCAUACAGACGGGUUCGAUAGAGCCAUCGGCAAAACCAACUGAGAUACCAUUUGAAGUACAUCAGAUAGAUGUUUCUGUAUCUUGUCCAAAUUUCAAUUCAACCCCUCCUUCGGGUAAGACCGAUUCAAGACGGCAUUGUCGUUCUAGAGUAACACAUGGUUGUAACGAAUUCUACACCGACCAAUCAGUGAUAAACGCUUGUAACACGGGAUACAAUGCCGUUGUUUGUAUAGAUAACGUAAACGUGUACAGGAAUCCACAUUGUGCAAUCUGUAACUUUUAUCCAUUCUAUUUAUGUUAUCUUCCUGAUGACAUAGACCCUACUAUAUCAGAUCUAACGCCAUUAACCAUAAUCAUGGAUUUCUCCGCCCAAAACAGCAUGAUUGUUAGUUCCAAGUUCGGCAGUUACGUUACUACAGCAGUCAAGUGUGCUACAGGUGAAGUAUUUGAUCCCUUUACCAACCAGUGUCUUCAAUUAACAUGUAACGCAGGAUUCACACUUCAUGGUUCCAGGUGCGUUGCACCUUUGACAGUAUCCGACUGCGGAGAUGGUGUGAUCCAGAUACCAGAUGAAACAUUCUGCUUAUGCACUUUACGAGAUCAUACAUUUGUUAUUAAAUAUCAAUCCAACGAUAACGAUACCAAGAGUGCUAAUGGUGACGACAAUGCUAAUGAUGAACCUUUUAUCAUGUUUUUGGCAGAAUACCUCGACAAACUUGGUGUCCAAUAUUCAAAAACUAAAUAUCAAGUGACAGGAAUAACUGAAUUUCACAUAACUGAAAUUAACUGUCAGAUGGUUCUUAAAAUUUCAAAUUUAAUUACUGGAACUUUAAAAAACAACAAUUAUACAAGCAUAAUGUAUAUAACUGUUCAACAAAACUGUUUCUUGAAAGAAAUACCAACUGCGCUACAGUGUGUGGAUGACGGUCUAUCACUAACAGAGAGUUUAAACGUUGACAAUACUACACGAUUGAUCAGCAACGGUAAUUCCUCAAUACACGUUCCUAAUGAAGAAUAUCUUUUAAAGAUCGUCCAUCAGAUUGUAAAUGAGACUUCAAUCUGUAGCAGCCUGUCAAUAUCGAAUUGUGAGACCUGUCUACAGGUUAAUCUGACUAAAUCCGCAUUUAUUGAUAAAGGUAACGGAUCUCUAGUGUACAAUUCAACUGGACAUGUCUUUGAUGAGCAUGAGUAUUAUUACUCAAAUUCCUCAAACACUACUAUUUUUAUGUGUACGUUUCUGAACCAAACUGGAUCAAAGACGGAAGAAAUUAUUUUUUUCAAAUAUUCUGGUACUCUACUAAUUAUCAGUGUCGUUGGAACCAUUUUGUCACUGAUUGGUCUACUAAUUACUAUCUUUCUUCGUGUCAUCAUCAGCGAGAUGAGGACACUGCCUGGAAAGAUUAUUAUGAACGUUUCCAUUGCAUUGUUUUGUUCAUUGUUACUAACUUUAAUCCAGAGUAACUUUAUUCAGUGGCUGAAUGGUUGUAGAGCAGUUGCAGCCAUAUUGCAUUAUCUGUGGCUUGUUUGUUUCUUGUGGAUGAAUUCGAUAGCAUUUGAGCUUUUUCUUACAUUCCGUUUCUUUAGAGUUACUUCGAGGAGUGUAAGAGCUCAGCAUAAAACCUUUAACCAGUAUUUUCUUUACAGUUGGGGAAUUCCUGCGGUCUUUGUUGGAGUAAUUGUUGCCAUUAGUUCUUGUGAAUGCACAGGUUUAAACGUAGUGUACGGUGAUGAAACGGUGUGUUGGAUCCGAGACGAAGUUGCAUCAUUCUACGUAUUUGGCAUUCCAUUAGCUGUAAUCCUUCUGCCGAAUCUUAUACUCUUUGUGGCAACUAUUACGGGAAUUAGAGAAUCGAAAAGUGCUUCGGAACGUGUCAUAAAAGGAAAAUCAAAGCAAACACAAUUGAUGGAAGAAAUGAUAAUCUACAUCCGGAUCUCGACUGUUAUGGGACUUUCUUGGUUCUUUGGAUUUCUUGCAUCGUUCUUGGGCCAUGUGGUUCUGUGGUAUAUAUUCAUUAUUUUGAAUUCUCUACAGGGCUUUUUCGUUUUUAUUGCCUUCAACCUCACCCAUUCGGUCAGGAAAAUGAUAAAAAAGAAUGAAUCUAUAUUAACUUCAAAAGCAAAGACAAAGGAAACAUCAUUAUCAGAAAAAUAGAUAUAAUACUAUUCGUGUGUAGCUAGAAUCUUCGCUGAUAAGCAUUAUAGACGAAGGACAAAUUUGCUAACAAAGGUUUGCAAGCUAUAUUCUUCAGAAGUAAAUGUUACAAAUUGUGUUAUAAUGUAAAUAUAUUACUAAUAAAUAUGUAUUUAACAGAGGUGAUGGUAAGAUAUAUAUGUUCGAAUAAAGAACAUGAUAUCCAUCGUGUAGCAUAGCUCUCAACGAAUUUUGUCCUAUAAAUAAAUGAAUAAAGAAAUCGUGUAAUUCGUUCAAGACUAUUGUAACUGGAUGCACUGCCUAGGCCUAGUACUCUUAUAAUUAAGAGUCCAACAAUUUAUCACCUUUCAUUAAAACCCAGCAUCAUUCGUGUCUGUAUAAUGUGUACGUAGGCUAACAUGGUUGAGCUAAUAAAGGGAACGCCACUUUCAUAUUAUUAUAAGGUAGUAACAUUGCUAUUGACAAUGUUUAUUUAUAUGCCUAUAAUAAUAUCCCUUAUUUAGCGAAAGUGUAUUUACCGAAUGAACAAGGUAUAAAGACAUUAUGAUAGCUAUAACUAAGUAUGAUUAACAUAGUGAUUACAUUAUUGAUUAAAUGCAAUAUUGACAGAUAGAGUGGGUCUAUUAGCACUUUAUAUGAAUUUAAUAUACUAGUGAUAUUCUGACAAGUAAAUGUACAACAAAAAUAAUAGUGAUGGUCGCAUUUUUUUGUAAAUAUAUAUUUGAUAGCCUUAUUCUUGUAGUGUCUUAUAU